AUGAUCGAAAAGGACGUGGACCGCCUCGCGCGCGUAAGGGACAACCAGCGCAAGAGCCGAGCCCGAAAGCAGCAGUACGUGAAGGAGCUAGAGCAGCGUCUAUCUGUGUGCGAAACUCAAGCCCAACAAAGGGACAUUGAGUAUCGACUGGCCGUCCAAAAGGUCGAAGCCGAGAACAGACAUUUAAAAACUCUCCUGGCAACACUGGGUAUCUCCAAUGCUUCUGUGCAGGAAUAUCUGCAGGUGAUUGAACAUAAGGAAAAUACUACGCAAAAGAUUGCCAUUCCUGCUGUCCAGCGACCAGAUGGGCGGAACUCCCCAGCUCAUUCUGAUGGCUCUGAUCGCAGGAUGUCUUUGGCGAUCCCCCGCGUUUAUGAUCACCAGGUGAAGACGGAACCAACUGAGCACGCCUUCUCUGUCAGAGGUAGUGUCUGUGGGCCACCAGCAAACAACGACUCGUGCGGGCCGAUGGCUGGUAACAGUGACUGUGGACCUCAGGCUAGAAGUAGUUCUUGCGGACCGGAUUCCAUCAAUGACUGUACUCCAAACAGCAAUGACCGCGCGUGUGGCGCAAAAACUGGCGGAAAUUCCUGUGAGCCGACAGUCAGCAAUAGCUCGUGCUCACCAACAUUUAGCAACAAUACUUGCGACCCGACAAUCAGCGUUAGCUCGUGCUCCCCGACAGCUAGCAACACUACCUGUGGACCAUCAAGUCUCAGUAUUCUUUGUGGCCCCACUACCAGCACAAGCACCUGCGGACCGGUGUCUGGAAAUACUUGUGGACCAUCUUCUAGUAAUGCCUGUGCUCCCACCGGCAGCAAUGGAUGUGGAUCAGGCCCGAGCAACAAUGGCUCUAGACCGAAUGAAACAGAAGAACAAAAGCCAACCGAGCCACCCUGCCAGGAGCCAAAAGUGGCAGAUCCAGAUAUAUGCGGAUGCAGCCCUAGCGGACAAGAAAUGACGCCCAUGUCCGAAGAAGACCUUCUCAAUUCGACGCUCUGCGGGAUUGCAGAUGAGAUGAUCGAGCGAUACAACACCAAAGGCUUAGAUGUGGAAGAGAUCCGGCGCAGAAUCUGGUCUGGAUUCCGAGCCGGCGCAAAUGGCACUGGCUGCAGAGUUCAAAAUUCCAUUUUGUUCCAAGUGUUAGAUGAGAUCAGCCACGACGUAUGA